AGCCUGGGAGCGGGGGAGCAGAGGCGGGCGCCGCACCGCCCCGCACGCUCGCUCGCUCCGGAGACUCGCGGGCGGCCGCUUGGGCGCACUAGCCGGGUCACCUUGUCCCGGAGGUGACCUGCCUGCUCCUCUUUUCCUUCCACCAUGAUUGGAAGCUUCCUGAGGCCUCACCAGAAGCUGAGUAGAUGCCAGCACCAUGCUUCCUGUACAGCCUGCAAAACCAUGAGCCAAAUAUACCACUCUUCUUUGUAAACUACCUAGUCUCAGGAGAAAUGGGUUCCCUGAGGAAAGUGUGACCUGCGUGCCCAGCCCGCCAGCCUGACGCCCAUCCGGGGAGGGAGGACCAUGGAUGGCAUCAUUGAACAGAAGAGCAUGCUGGUGCACAGUAAAAUCAGUGAUGCUGGCAAGAGGAAUGGCUUGAUUAACACCAGAAACUUGAUGGCGGAGAGCAGAGAUGGUCUGGUGUCUGUUUACCCAGCACCCCAGUACCAGAGCCACCGGGUGGGGGCCAGCACAGUGCCAGCCAGCCUGGACGGCAGCAGGAGUGAGCCAGUGCAGCAGCUGCUGGACCCCAACACCCUGCAGCAGUCGGUGGAGUCCCGCUACCGGCCCAACAUCAUCCUCUACUCGGAGGGUGUGCUGCGCUCCUGGGGGGAUGGCGUGGCCACCGACUGCUGCGAGACCACCUUCAUCGAGGACCGCUCACCCACCAAAGACAGCCUGGAGUACCCCGAUGGGAAGUUCAUCGACCUCUCAGCUGAAGACAUCAAAAUCCACACGCUGUCCUACGAUGUGGAGGAGGAGGAGGAAUUCCAGGAGCUGGAGAGCGACUACUCAAGUGACACAGAGAGUGAGGACAACUUCCUCAUGAUGCCCCCACGGGACCACCUGGGCCUCAGCGUCUUCUCCAUGCUCUGCUGCUUCUGGCCUCUGGGCAUUGCCGCCUUCUACUUGUCUCACGAGACCAACAAAGCCGUGGCCAAGGGGGACUUGCACCAGGCCAGCACCAGCUCCCGGCGGGCCCUGUUCCUGGCAGUGCUGUCCAUCACCAUCGGGACCGGCGUCUAUGUGGGCGUGGCUGUGGCCCUCAUCGCCUACCUCUCCAAGAACAACCACCUGUGAGCUUCCUGUGAGCAGACGGGGAGCACCCAGGGCACGUCCGUGUGGGCAUGGAGGAAGCACACGUCGCAUGACGCAGUGCAGUGCAAAUGAUUGCCAAACGAGGCCACGAAGCCCUGGGAUUUCCUACCCAUGGAUUUCUUUUGUUUUUAACCCUUUAAUUUCAUGUUCCCAGCACUGUGUAGAGCACCAGACAGACGGGCACUGCUAAUCCUCCCAAAGGAAAGCUCCAAAGAUCCCAGCGUCAAGGCCGUCUCUGGACGGAUUCUGGUGGAUGAAUGGCGGCGUGGCUCUCUGCAGCCUGCCAAUGCCCAGAGUGCCACCGCAUUAGCAAUAUACAAACAGUCAAAAAAAGUGUUUAUUUUUUAUGGAAUACAGUGCAAUAGGCGGAGGACAAGGGACAUGCCACUCUUCUGUCUGUGGCCCUGCUGGAGUCCUUUGUGUCCCCCCCCCCCCGAGUCCACACGCCUUCCCUGCAAGAUGACAAUGGGGCUGGGAAGGAAGAGGCGACACCUCUUCCUUCGGCCGACAGGACCCCCACUGCACUGCUCUGCAGACCCAUCGGCCUGACCCCGAGAUGCAGGGUCAGCAAAGCCCAGGACCUGCCCCCGUUUCUUUCCCUUCAUCCCACCCAGCCUCGGGAUGUCAAGCCACCUCUGGAACAUGCCUACACUCCACGGCUACCCCGCAGCAAUACGCACUCCUGGGACCUCGCUGAUCUAGGAUGGGGAGGCAGGACACCACCCCUCCCGAGACUCCUCAAGAAACUGCCCCGAGGUUGCUCCAGAAACUCGAGGCUCUGCAGCCGUGAGCACCCCCUGAGCCUAAAGACACGGGCUCCUCCCAGUCGCGGCACUGGCGGGCAUUCACCCCAUCAUACGCAGACACUAGUGAUCCCGGAAACGAGAUGGGCCUUACUCUGUCGACUAAACGAAUAGCUAUUUUCUUGUCAUUUUUUUAAGUGCAACUGUUGCUUCCUGCUGCUUUAGUUACCAGACGAAUGCUGAGAAAUAAGUAAUCACAGACAUUUUAAUACCAUGUCAUUGCUGUUUGACGAGUGUUCAUUACUCAACAGAAAGUUAUCUUUUA